CCUCCAAACAAUACUGUAAUUGUUUGAAAGGGAGGGUGGCGGUAAGGAUCCCGUGGAAAGAAUGUCUGCCGAGGUCUCUGGUGCUUAUUUUAAAAGGACCAGCGUCUUCUGGAUGGCUGUCAUUACAGGAGCCUUUGGCUAUUUCACUCUACUGAUGUUUUGGCCAGAGAGCAUACCGUACAAGAGCCUGGGACUCUGGGGCAACUUCUCCAAAUAUCUGGUGGACCAGUAUCACCCCCACUUAUAUAUUGGCUACUGGGUGGCCUGGUUGGUCCAUUUUGCCGAGGCACUGUACAGCAUUAAACUCUGCAGUGACAAAGGGAUCACAAGCCUCAGAACUCGAGUGAAAUGGGCAUUUCAAACAUUCCUGUUUGGGAUCGCCUCUCUUCAGCAACUCUUGUCAUACAAACCAGAGCAGAAGGAAAAGUGAAGGCCUGACGAUGCAGCCACAUUCCUUAUCUCUGGCCAUGUUAGGCUCAAAGGCACUUUGUUUUCAGGGAAAUUGCAGUCUUAGGAUGAAUGGUAAUACUGUGACUGAUUUCUGAUUCUUUUCAGCCAAAACAUUGGCUGUUCUCACAUACUGGUUCAUUACUUAUAUCAGCUUAGGUUUUCAAGUCAUAAUGUCAAGUCACCUACUUAAAAUGUAUAAUAUGAUUUUACACCCUGAGCAAUCUUUAGAUGCCACUUGGUCCUGAAACCUGUUCCACUAUUGAAUCUGUACCUCAGUUUCAUAUUUUACUUUAGUGUGUUUGUCUCGAGGUCCUCAUCCAAUAAAAAUCCAGCAAUUCCAGUCUUGCAAUGUUCAAUUGUCAAUUUCCAAUCUUUUCAUCUACAGAGAGGAGUUCCAGUUUUGAGUGGAAGAUAAUUAUCCUGUCUCCACAGAUGGACAGCUCAGAUUAUUUAUUGAGACAAUGGACUUCCUCUGAUUGUUGAAUCAUAUUCAGUACUUACUGCAUCAACUGACUUAGUAGCUUUUAUCACCUCAAUCAGAUCGUCUCUCAGCCUUCAAUGUGAGGGAAUGAAAGCUAUGCUUAUGCAACAUGGAAAAGUAAGGGCCUCUCUGUCUACCAGACAGGGCCUGCAACUGUUGAUGGCAGUUUUAUAGUUUAAGGAGAAAACUUUUGAGUGAAAUUAAGCUCAGUCCAUUCUGUAUCACUUCUCUACCGUGGUCAGGCAGUGUGCGUCCACUCUUUCAUUGGCUCCUUGUGCAAAGUCCUAAGAAGCAUAAGUGAUGAAUGGUAACCUGCAGCCAAAUGGUUAAGGCUUGUGGGCUGGCGAUCUGAAGAUUGUUAGUUCAAGCCUCAGCUGAGGCAGCGUGUGUGUCCUUGAGCAAGGCACUUAACCACACACUGCUCCUGCCGGUUGGUGCAGUAUGGACAAGACAAGACAAUUCGUUAGCUCUCAUCAGGAUGGGCUGUGUAACUUUCCUAAACUGGUUUGUAGUUUGGACCAAUGAAUGCACUGAUUGGACUAAAGGUACUUAGUCUUAUAGUUCAAAGUUUGAAGUAAAUUUAUUAUCAAAGUACAUAUAUGUCAUGAUGAUUUUCUUGUGGGCAUACUCAAUAAAUCUUUAGAAUAAUAACCAUAACAGAACGAAUGAAAGACCGCCCAACUUGGUCGUUCAGCCAGAGUGCAGAAGUCGACAAACUGCAAAUACAAAAGAAAGAACUAAAAAUAAUAACAAAUAAAUAAGCAAUAAAUAUUGGGAACAUGAGAAGAAAAGUCACUUUCAAGGAGAGUCCAUUGGUUGUGGGAACUUCUCAAUGAUGAACCCUGAAGAAUAUUCUAUAUUUCUGCAUAAGUGUGAUCAGAUCUUCACAUGUCCUAAAACUAGGUAAGGAGAACUCAAUUAAAUAAUUAACACAAAAACAUUAUACCUGUUUAUUUAUUGAGAAAAAUGAUCCAAUAUAUUACACAUAUUUGUUGGAAAAAGUAUGUGAACCUUUGUUUUCAGUAACUGGUGUGACUCUUGUACAGCAAUAACUUCAACCAAACACUUCUGCUAACUGUUGAUCAGUCCUGCACAUGGGCUUGGAGGAACUUUAGGCCAUUCCUCCUUAGAAAAACUGCUUCAACUCUGUUCUUCCUUGCAUGAACUGCUUGCUUCAGGUCCUUCCACAACAUUUCUAUAGGAUUAAGGGCAGGACUUUGACCUGGCUAUUCCAAAACAGAAAUUUUCUUCUUUUUAAACCGUUCUGUUGAUUUACUCUUGUCUUUCAGGUCAUUGUCUUGUUGCAUUAUCCAACUUAUAUUAAGCUUCAGGUGACGGACUGCUACCUUGACAUUCUCCUGUGAAAUGUCUUGAUACAAUUUUGAAUUCAUUGUUUUCUCAAUGACUGCUAACUGUCCAGGCCCUGAAACAGCGAAGCAGCCCCAAACCAUGAUGCUCCUUCAAUCAUACUUCACAGUUGGGGAUGAGAUUUUGGUAUUGGUGUGCAGUCUCCUUUUACCUCCUAACAUAGCAAAGUGCAUUUCUGGCAAAAAGUUCAACUUUUGUCUCAUCUGUCCACAGAACAUUGUCCCAAAUGCAACUUAGAAUAUCCAGGAGGUAUUUUGCAAACUCGAGAUGUGCAGCAAUUUUUUUUUUGAAGAGCUAUGGUUUCUUCCAUGGUGUCCUUCCAUAAACACCAUUCUUGUUUAGUGUUUUUCUGAUAGUGGACACAUGAACAGAGACUUCUACAGGUCUUUUGCUGUUACCCUUGGGUUCUUUUUCACCUCCUUCAACAUUGCAUGUUGUGCUUUUGGUGUGAUCUUUGCAGGAUGCCCAAUCCUAGGGAGAGUAGCAACAGUACUGAGUUUCCUCAAUUUAUAGACAAUUUCUCUUACUGUGGAAUGAUGAACACUCAGGUCUUUAGAAAUGUUUUUGUCACCUUUUCCGGCUUCAUGUAUCUCUUAGUUUUUCUUCUAAGGUCCUUUGAAAGUUGUUUUGAUAGAGGCAUGGCGCACAUAAACAGAUCUUUCUUGAGAAGAGCAGGUUCUGUCAGUAACCUGACUAUGUGUCGUUUUAUAGGGCAGGGCACCUCUACAACCCACACCUCCAAUCUCAGCUCAUUGAUUGCAACACCUGACUCCAAAUAACUUUUUUAAAAGGUAUUACCCCAGAGGUUCACAUACUUUUCCCUAUAAAUACAUGUAAUAUUGGAUUAUUUUUCUCAAUAAAUACAUGAACAAGUGUAAUGUCUUUGUGUUAUUUAUUUAAUUGGGUUCUCUUAAUCUAGUUUUAGACCUUACAUGAAGUUCUAGACAUAUUUAUGCAGAAAUAGAAAAAAAUUCUACAGAGUUCACAAACUCUCUAGCAGCACUGUAUCAGACUUAGCGUAGAGAAUUCAGAUCAUGGUACCUGAAAGCCCAUUACUUUUGUGAGCUUAAAACAUUUACACAUUGUUCUGUGCAAUGAAUUUUAAUUCAACCAUAUGGAAACAAACAUUGCAGGAUAACCAUCUGUUACUCAUCUGAAUGCCUGAUGUACAGUGUGCGUCAUUUAACAGUUUACUCUUGUUUUCACUGAAGCCCCACACAAGAAAAUGAUAGUGAAAUGAGUCUGAAAUUUUGUAAGUUACUCAUCCAGCAUCCUCUUUGACAUUCUACCAUCAGGCAAGAGACUCUGAUGCAUAAAAACAAGAAUGGUCUGGGUGGUAAAUAGCUUCUUUCCUCAAGCUGUUAGGCUUCUUCCCUCAGGCCAUUAGGCUUCUGAACUGCCUGUUGCAUCCCCAUUCGAAGCGUCUCCAGAUAAUUUGUUCUGUACCCUACAAUUAAUUUAUGCACUUUACUUUGUUUAUGCAUAAUUCAUUUGUAGAUUUUAUUUUUACCUUCCUAAGUUAUUGUGUGUAACAGUAUAUGUAUGUUAUGUGUACUUCUGUGCUUUAUGCCCUGGGUCCAGAGAAAUGCCUCGUUUGGCAGUAUAUCUGUAUAUUGUUAAAUAAUAAUAAACUUGACUUGCCUUGA